AUGGAAGAGAAAACUAACACAAAACUGGUUAUUCGACGUACAGCGCGUUCAAGCAGAGGGAACAUUUACACGUACGUAUGCCAGCACUCAAGGGGGACUGACGCCGAAAUCGAUCCUAAAGAGCUCAAGCGACGUUACACCAAGAGAAAACAUGUUGUCAAGAAUUGUAGCGCUUUUGCAAAGGUUCACGUGCGCGGUGACGGUUUUAUUGAAUUACACGCCUGCUUCGACCACAUCGGGCACGUAUCAGAUAACGCAUGGCUUCCUCUCACAGCGGACGAUAGAACGCGUGUCAAAUCUCUUAUUGAAGAGGGUGUACCCCCAUCAUUGAUUGUUUCCAAGCUACGCAGUGAACACUGGGAUGAAAAUCUGAGUCAUUCGAUGCAGGCACGCAUAUGUUACCUGACCACUCGAGACGUAAGUAGGAUUGCUGAACAGAACGGCUUACUACAUGGACAAUACCGAAGAAAUGAUCUUGACUCUCUAAAGAUGUUAAUGAGUCAAAGCCCCGACAUAGCGAAAUAUCGACUUGUGUUUACCGAAAAUGCCACCGGAGAUGGUUUUAUCGCUGCAUUUGUAACCAGCACUGGCCAAAAACACCUGGAACUAUAUUCCCACAGAGGAAUAGUCUUUGAUGAUACCUUCAACGUCAGCAGGUAUGCGCUCAGGUUAGCUACCCUCCUGGUCAGCGAUGACGCGGGAAAUGGCUUCCCCUGCGCACACCUGCUGGCGUUUCGAAUGACGUCAGCCGAAAUAGCGAUCCUUUUUGAACUUAUCAAGGAGUGCGUUCCUCAGUUUGACCCUUCCAUCGUCAUGACUGAUGACACUUAUAUUUUCUACAAUGGCUUCAAAACUGUCUUCCCAAACAGCAGAGCUGCGAAAGUGCUGUGCAGCUUCCAUGUUAGUCAAACGGUACUAAGGAAGCACAAGGAACUCUUGAAUAAAUGCGAUAUAUCCACUGCCGAGCGCUUGUUCCAUGCAACAUUGUUUGAGAUGAACCCAGUGAAAUUCGAAAAUAACUUUUGCGUCUACACCACGUGGCUAAACUCUAUUGGCGCGAAAAAAAUGGUGGACUACAUUGAAAAAAAUCUGCGAGGACGACAACGCGAGUGGGCCUUGUGCUACCGUCGAGGAGCACAAUUUACCACCACCAAUCACGCCGAAUCAUUUCACAACACGCUCAAGCAUGUCCUCCUUCAGAGUAAACAAAAUAGUCGACUGGAUGCAGUCGUUUACACUCUUCUAAGAAAUUCGAGCGACCGGGAGCUGCAUUUGAUUGCCAUGAAUCAUAAACAUGAAAAUCCGUCAAAACGGCAAAAACAAAACAUUUCUGCUCACAAAGAUGCUCUCAGACUUUAUACUGGAGUACCGGGGGCCAUCAAGCAAAUCAGUUCGACAAAAUAUAAAGUGCUUUCUUUUCUGGGAGUGGCGAAACCAGAAUAUGAAGUCACAAUAACAGAAGAACCAUGCGACUGCAAUGAGAAGCUCAACUCACAUUGUGCCAGAUGUGGAGCGUGUUACAAGCGAAUUUUCUGCGAAUGCCGUGAAUCAUAUAAAUCUGGAGUAUCAUGCCUGCACAGCCAUGCGUUGGCUACAUUCAGUGAACAAGUGAGAAAUAUUCUACAAAGUCAAAGCCAGCACAGCAUGCGAUCGACUUUUUCAAGCGGAGCACCUCUACAAGCGUUGCCCCCUAGUUUGGAGUCCGAAAACGAUCCGGCAGACUUCAUUUCAGCUGCUCCAGAAGACGUUCUACGCAAAGAUGACGUGAAAGAAUUAUUCCAAGUUUUUGAAGGGACUCAAGCUCACCUAGCGGAAAUUGCACGAAGAUUGUUGAAAGAAAAUCGUGCGGAUUUGCUCAAGGAUCUCAAUAAUAAUUUGGAAAGAGUUACACAAGAAGUCCCGGAAGACAUCAAUCCUGCGCUUGCCAGGCGAUUGCCGAUGCAAGUGCCCGGAACGGGCAAAAAGCCUUCGCUUAUACAGCCGUUCAAGACGCGUACCAAACUGAAAGCCGAGGCUCGAGAGCGCCGUCAAUUCAAAGAUCUCUCCAACACAAAUUGUUAGUUCUUCCAGAUCGUUCCAUUAUUGUCUUCAUAAUCAUUUUAUAGUCAUAUACGAGUAUAUACUUGCCGAUGUUGUUUCUUUGGUUCAAUCAUUACCGUCAUUAUCAUUUUAUAGUCUUAUACGAGUACCUAAUUGCCGGUGUUGUAUCAUUCAUUCAUUACUGGUUGUGCUCUUUGCACUAUAGCCUAUCAUUUCCCUUGUUUUUCAUUGAUCCGCGUGUUUUCAUUGGUCUCGACUUUUACUGAUCUCAAGUGCUUUGCUGAUCUGUUGUGCAGU